CAUCCGAUCAAUUGACCAUGUUAAGAGUAGCAUUAAAAACUAGACUAAAGACCCAAAGCGCCCACUCCGUCCGAUGCUUUGCCACAGAGGUCACGGGGGACUUGACAAAACCCAAGAUCGCGUCCAGUAAACCCAAAAAACGGAGAGAAACCAUGUUCUCAGACCUGUUGAACAAGGGACCUUCAUUUGCAGAUUUUCUCACAGGAGACGCCGCCAAAAUGGUGAUCGACCCAUUGGAAGCGGCCAGAAAGGACCCUGACCAGCGGUUGCCCUCGUGGCUUAAGGUGCCCAUUCCUAAGGGAAAAUCGUUCAAUAAAUUGAAGGAAGACGUAAGGGAAUUGAAGCUAGCAACCGUGUGUGAAGAAGCCAAGUGCCCCAAUAUCGGUGAGUGCUGGGGAGGAAAGAAAUCUGAGGCCACUGCUACCAUUAUGUUAUUGGGAGACACAUGUACCAGAGGUUGUCGGUUCUGUUCGGUGAAGACCAAUAGAGCUCCUACCAAGCCAGAUCCCAUGGAACCAGAAAAUACGGCCGAAGCCAUCAGUAGAUGGGGCUUGGGAUACGUGGUGUUGACGACCGUCGACAGAGAUGACUUGGUUGACGGAGGAUCGCAUCAUUUGGCCGAGACCGUCAUGAAGAUCAAGCAAAAGGCUCCUCAGAUCUUGGUCGAGGUCUUGGGAGGAGAUUUUAGAGGAAAUUUGGACAUGGUGAACAUCUUGGCAUCCAGUGGAUUGGAUGUGUAUGCCCACAACAUGGAGACGGUGGAGGCCUUAACUCCUCAUGUCAGAGAUAGAAGAGCCACUUAUAGACAGAGUUUGGCAGUGUUGGAGAGGGCCAAACAGGUGAAGCCAACGUUGAUCACAAAGACAUCGAUGAUGUUGGGAUUCGGUGAAACUGACGAGCAGGUGUUACAGAGUCUCCGGGACUUGAGAGCCAUAAAGUGUGAUGUGGUGACCUUUGGUCAGUAUAUGAGACCCACCAAGAGACACAUGAAGGUAGUGGAAUACGUCACACCCGAAAAGUUCGACUACUGGAAAAACAAGGCCUUGGAAAUGGGCUUCUUAUACGUUGCCAGUGGCCCAUUGGUGAGAUCAUCGUAUAAAGCUGGGGAAGCGUUCAUCGAGAAUAUCAUCCGAAAGAAAAGCCAUAACGUUGGUGAGACUCCAAGAUUGGCACAGGUCAAGGCCUCCGAGUUCAAGGUACAGAGCUAGUCAUGUACCAGUCGAGCUGACUCCAACCUUUUAUGCCCCCUACCUAUUUAUGUCCUAAUAUACACUCUGGAUUCUUCGAUUUCAGAAGCUGC